ACAGCAUAGCGGCAGGAGAGGAAGAUGGCGGCGGCAGCAGCAGCUGCAGCAGCCGCCUCGGACCAGCAAAGUUCUAAUGGCCCUGUGAAGAAAUCUAUGCGUGAGAAGGCUGUGGAACGGAGAAACGUUAAUAAAGAACACAACAGUAACUUUAAGGCUGGAUAUAUCCCAAUUGAUGAAGACCGUCUCCAUAAAACAGGCUUACGAGGCAGGAAAGGCAACUUGGCUAUUUGUGUGAUUGUUCUCCUUUUUAUUUUGGCUGUCAUCAAUUUGAUUAUCACACUUGUCAUCUGGGCUGUGAUUCGUAUUGGGCCCAAUGGUUGUGACAGCAUGGAGUUUCACGAGAGCGGCUUACUGCGAUUUAAACAAGUAUCCGACAUGGGAGUUAUACAUCCAUUAUAUAAAAGUACAGUAGGAGGGAGGCGUAAUGAAGAUUUGGUUAUCACUGGAAAUAACCAGCCUAUUGUAUUUCAGCAAGGAACAACAAAACUUAGUGUUGAAAAGGACAAAACCUCCAUUACCAGUGAUAUUGGUAUGGAAUUCAUUGACCCAAGGACACAAAAUACUUUGUUCAGCACAGACUAUGAGACUCAUGAGUUUCAUUUGCCAAAUGGAGUGAAAAUUUUGAAUGUACAGAAGGCAUCUACGGAGAGGAUUACCAGCAAUGCUACCAGUGACCUAAAUAUAAAGGUUGACGGACGUGCCAUUGUUCGUGGAAAUGAAGGUGUUUUCAUCAUGGGCAAAACCAUUGAGUUUCGCAUGGGUGGUGAUAUGGAACUAAAGGCAGAAAACAGCAUUAUCUUAAAUGGAACCGUGAUGCUCAGCACGUCUCGACUACCAAGUUCUUAUGGGGAAAAGUUUAAUAAUGUUGACUGGCUGCGCUAUAAGCUCUGUAUGUGUGCAGAUGGAACUCUAUUUCGAGUUGAAGUAAAGACCCGCAACAUGGGUUGUCAAACCUCAGUCAACCCGUGUGGAACCACACACUAA